AAAGAAAAAAAUAAUAAAAACAUUCCGGGGUUUGGAAGUGUUGUAAUUCUCCACAGAAGUCAUGUACAAAAAGAAUUUUUAGAACUAUAUUCUUCGAACACUGCACUGGCCUCUUUCCCGCAGUUGUGAUAAUCGCCAGCCAUGAGUACCCUCAGGCUACAAAAGCGGUUGGCUUCGGCCGUGUUGAAAUGCGGCAAAAAUAAAGUCUGGUUGGACCCUAAUGAAACAAACGAGAUCGCCAAUGCCAACUCGAGGCAGAAUGUCAGAAAGUUGAUCAAGGAUGGUCUUAUUAUCAGGAAGCCUGUCGCGGUCCACUCUCGCGCCCGGGUGAGGAAGAACGCAGAGGCUCGUCGCAAGGGACGUCACACUGGUACUGGUAAAAGGAAGGGUACAGCAAAUGCACGUAUGCCACAGAAAAUCGUGUGGAUCAGACGGAUGAGGGUGUUGAGACGUCUGCUCAAGAAGUAUAGGGAGGCCAAGAAGAUAGAUAAACAUCUGUACCAUGCUCUAUACAUGAAGUGCAAGGGAAACGUCUUCAAGAACAAACGUAUCCUUAUGGAGUACAUCCACAAGAAGAAGGCCGAGAAACUACGAUCCAAGCAAUUGCACGACCAAGCUGAGGCGCGUCGUCACAAGGUUAAGGAAGCGAGACGUCGUCGCGAGGAGCGUAUUGCCCAGAAGCGUGCCGAGAUCCUCAAGUCGUAUGCUAAGGAAGAGGAGGCCACCAAGAAGUAACAUGUAAAUCCUUUUUAAUUGUAAAAAGACCAUCCAAAAAAAAUAAAUUAUAUGAAACAAA